AUGAGGAGCGGCGCCGAGCGCAGGGGCAGCAGCGCCGCGGCGCCCCCGAGCUCGCCUCCUCCUGGUCGCGCUCGCCCCGCGGGCUCCGAUGCGCCCCCCGCCUUGCAGCCACCCGCAGCCAGCCAGCCUCGGGGCCGGGACGCUGGUGAUGCCCGCGCGCAGCCGCGCCCCCUGUUUCAGUGGAGCAAGUGGAAGAAGAGGAUGUCUAUGUCGUCCAUAUCGGCAGCCAGCACGCGGAGGCCGGUGUUUGACGACAAGGAGGACGUGAACUUCGACCACUUUCAGAUUCUGCGAGCCAUUGGGAAGGGCAGCUUUGGCAAGGUGUGCAUCGUGCAGAAGCGGGACACGGAGAAGAUGUAUGCCAUGAAGUACAUGAACAAGCAGCAAUGCAUUGAGCGCGACGAGGUCCGCAACGUCUUCCGGGAGCUGGAGAUCCUGCAGGAGAUCGAGCAUGUCUUCCUGGUGAACCUCUGGUAUUCCUUCCAGGAUGAGGAGGACAUGUUCAUGGUGGUGGACCUGCUUCUGGGUGGAGACCUGCGCUACCACCUACAGCAGAACGUCCAGUUCUCAGAGGACACUGUGAGGCUGUACAUCUGUGAGAUGGCCCUGGCCCUGGACUACCUGCGUAGCCAGCACAUCAUCCACAGAGAUGUCAAGCCUGAUAACAUUCUCCUGGAUGAGCAAGGACAUGCACACCUGACCGACUUCAACAUCGCCACCAUCAUAAAAGAUGGGGAGAGGGCAACAGCUUUAGCUGGGACCAAACCAUACAUGGCUCCAGAGAUCUUCCACUCCUUCGUCAAUGGCGGGACUGGCUACUCCUUCGAGGUGGACUGGUGGUCUGUGGGGGUGAUGGCUUACGAGCUGCUACGAGGAUGGAGGCCCUAUGACAUCCACUCGAACAACGCCGUGGAGUCGCUCGUUCAGCUGUUCAGCACCGUGAGUGUUCAGUAUGUGCCCACCUGGUCCAAGGAGAUGGUCGCCCUGCUACGGAAGCUCCUCACCGUGAACCCUGAGCACCGGUUUUCCAGUCUCCAAGACAUGCAGACAGCCCCAUCACUGGCCCAUGUGCUCUGGGAUGACCUGAGCGAGAAGAAGGUGGAGCCGGGCUUUGUGCCCAAUAAAGGCCGCCUGCACUGUGACCCCACCUUUGAGCUGGAAGAGAUGAUCCUGGAGUCGAGGCCCCUGCACAAAAAGAAAAAGCGGUUGGCUAAGAACAAGUCGCGGGACAGCAGCAGGGACAGCUCGCAGUCGGAGAAUGACUACCUGCAAGACUGUCUGGAUGCCAUCCAGCAAGAUUUCGUGAUUUUUAACAGAGAAAAGCUGAAGAGGAGCCAGGAACUCAUGAACGAGCCUCUCCCAUGCUCUGAGACUGCAGAUAUGACAGAUCCCACCGCAGACAGUGAGCCAGAGCCCACAGCCCUGCCCAUGUGUGGCUCCAUCUGCCCCUCAUCUGGGAGCAGCUAG